UGAUGGUUGAUCGCGGUGAUCGGCAGGGCUGGACGCUGUGGGUGUCUCACGUGGAAUCGUACCAAAUUAAUUUUCUCACAAGGAAGAUUUCAUCUGUAAAAAGUGUUUGUUUUUAAAAUAAAUUGCUAAUCAUGACUAUCGUGACUCUUUUAAGCCGCAACGUCAAUUUGCAUCAGCUGUCGAAGCUGCGACCGUGUAUUUAUGGACAGAAUGUGCGAUUUUUGGCAUCGCACGCCAAAUUCGCCGAGCACAAACCGUUGGAGAAGCUUAGGAACAUCGGUAUAUCGGCUCACAUCGAUUCCGGAAAAACUACGUUAACCGAACGUAUCCUGUUUUACACUGGUAGAAUAUCGGAGAUGCACGAGGUAAAAGGAAAAGAUAAUGUGGGUGCAACUAUGGACAGCAUGGAAUUGGAAAGGCAAAGAGGCAUCACCAUUCAGUCCGCUGCUACAUAUACAUUAUGGAAGGAUCAUAAUAUCAAUAUCAUUGAUACACCAGGACACGUGGAUUUUACGGUGGAAGUCGAAAGAGCUCUGCGAGUCUUGGACGGUGCAAUCCUCGUCCUCUGCGCCGUAGGUGGCGUCCAGUCACAGACACUGACUGUGAAUCGACAGAUGAAGAGAUACAACGUACCUUGCUUAGCGUUUAUCAAUAAGCUGGAUAGAAUGGGCGCGAAUCCAAAGAGAGUCCUGCAGCAGAUGAGGAGCAAACUCCAUCACAAUGCUGCAUUCAUACAGUUACCGAUUGGCCUGGAAAGUAAUACAAAGGGCAUAAUUGAUUUAAUUGCCCAGAAGGCCAUGUAUUUUGAAGGGAAUUUUGGGGAAAAUAUUAGGGAAGAUGAAAUUCCAAAGGAUAUGAAUGCAGAGGCAAAUGAAAGGAGGCAAGAAUUAAUCGAGCACUUAAGCAAUGCAGACGAUACAUUUGGUGAAUUGUAUUUAAACGAUACAAAAAUAACUGAGAAAGAUAUUAUGGAUGCCAUACGUAGGAGUUGUUUGAAAAGAAAGUUUACACCUGUGCUGGUUGGUACUGCGUUAAAGAAUAAGGGGGUUCAGCCGUUAUUAGAUGCGGUAAUAAACUACUUACCAAAUCCAGGAGAAGUCCAGAAUUAUGCUCUUGAAGAAAAAUCUGACGACGGCGAAUCUAUUAAAGUUUUACUGGACCCUAGUCGUGAUGACAAAAAACCUUUUGUUGGAUUGGCUUUUAAGUUGGAGGCUGGCAGAUUCGGUCAAUUAACAUAUUUCCGUUGUUACCAAGGAAUGUUAAGGAAAUCAGAAAAUUUAUAUAACACAAGAACACGAAAGAAGGUACGAGCUCAAAAAUUAGUUCGACUUCAUUCAGAUGAAAUGGAAGAUGUUACAGAAGUUUAUGCGGGAGAUAUUUUUGCUUUAUUCGGCGUAGAUUGUGCAUCUGGCGAUACUUUUGUCAGAGAUUCUAAACUGGAUUUGUCGAUGGAAUCAAUGUAUGUUCCCGAUCCUGUGGUAUCUAUGUCUGUACAAACAAAGAAUUCAAAAGAUCGAGAUAAUUUCGCUAAAGGUAUUGGUCGAUUUACCAAGGAAGAUCCAACCUUGCGUUUCCACUAUGACACAGAUAAUAAGGAGAGCAUAAUUUCUGGUAUGGGCGAAUUGCAUUUGGAAAUUUACUCGCAAAGAUUAGAACGCGAAUAUAAUUGCCCGAUUAUUCUUGGGAAGCCAAAAGUUUCUUUCCGCGAGACCUUAUGUGAACCUUGUGAAUUUGACUAUCUUCAUAAAAAACAAUCUGGUGGUGCUGGCCAGUACGCUCGCGUGAUUGGAAUUAUGGAGCCCUUGCCACCUGAGAGAAAUACAAACAUUGAAUUUUCGGAUGAAACUAUCGGAACCAAUGUCCCGAAACAAUACAUUCCGGGUGUAGAGAAAGGCUUCAGAGCGAUGUGUAAUAAAGGUUUGCUCAGUGGUCACAAAAUCGCUGGAGUUAAAUUUAGGAUACUCGAUGGUAUGCACCAUUGUGUCGAUUCUUCGGAAUUUUCCUUCUUCCAAGCCGCACAAGGUGCUGUUAGGGAUGUUUUUGAAGCUGGUAGCUGGCGAAUUUUGGAGCCGAUUAUGUUGGUCGAAAUAGUGGGCCCGCAGGAAUUUCAGGGUCUGGUAUUGGGACAAAUCAACAGGAGAAAAGGAAUCAUAAGCUCAACGGAAGUGAUAGACGAAUGGUUCACAAUCAUUGCAGAGGUGCCACUUAACGAGAUGUUCGGUUACACCGGUGAACUGAGAUCAACUACGCAAGGUAAAGGGGAGUUUACCAUGGAGUACGCAAGGUACAGCCCUUGCUUAGCGGAAGUGCAAGAACAACUAAUUAGACAAUAUCAAGAAUCACAGGGAAUAGUGAUUGAAAAAUCUCAAAAAUCGAAAAAUUAACUGUAAAACGUGAAAUAAAUAUUUCUUGUUUUCUUAGUAAAAUUGCGCAAUAUUAUCAUGAAUGCUGUAAGUGCAUUAUGACAAUAUACGCAUUGUUUAUACCUAGUAUAUUUAACACACUCGACGUAAACCGAUAAGUAAUUACUAGUAAUAGUAAUUAAUGAUUAACAGUAAAUGGACGAAUGCGCAAAAUUCAUAUAUUUAACGUGUACAAAUGUAUCGAAUGAGUUGUAAAUAUUAGUCCAUGUCCGAAAUGUGUGAUAUAAAAUAUAAAAUAAAUAUAUAGAAAAUAAUUUCUAUCUGUGCGCACAUGUA